CAGAUGGAAACACAUUGACUUGCCUGCAGGAACAUUAUGGUUGUGGGCCGUGCUGUCAACAUGAGUCUGAUGGACAUUUCCAAGAUCUUCUCCAUGCUGCAGCCCAAGGAGGAGGAUGAGGACCUAGAGUUGAUGAGCCAGGAUUUGAACAACGCCGUGAGCAGCGACAACGUCACUCUCCUCUCAGAGCUUCUGUCCCAGGAGUGCUACAGGAGGUCCAUUAAUGCACGAAGUGGGUGGGGGGUCCCAGUAACCCCCUUGAGGACCGCUGCUGCUGUGGGGCAUCUGAGGUGCUUGGAGCUCCUACUGGAGCAUGGAGCAGAGAUCGACAGCUUGGACGUAAAGGCCCAGACGCCACUGUUCACAGCUGUUAGCGGCAAACAUCUGGACUGCGUGGCGGCCCUGCUGAAGGCCGGAGCCGACCCCAACGGCAGCCAGUACAACAACUGCUCACCGGUGCUGACCGCUGCCCGAGAAGGAGACGUGGACAUCCUCCAAGAGCUGCUCCGCUUCGGAGCGGAGGUGGACGUCCGACCCAAAGUACCUGAGUGGGCGAGCAACGCCACAGCCUGCAGAGGGCCUCUGUACAUCUCAGCGGUGUAUGGACACCUGGACUGCUUUAAGCUCCUCCUCCUCCACGGAGCCAACCCCAAUUACAACUGCACGGAUGAGAAGAUGCUGGCUCGGAUCAAGCAGCCAAAGACGGUCCUGGAGGUGUGUAUGCGUUACGGCUGCGGGGUGGAGUACAUACAGCUUCUCAUAGACUUUGGAGCAGAUGUGUAUCUACCCACGCUUAUCAUUGACAAGACCACCAAGCAGAAUGAAGCAUUGGUCCUGCUGCUCAAAGAAAGAGUUUGCCCCAAAACUCUGAUGUCGCAGACUCGCCUCGCGAUUCGAGGACAGCUUUUCUUCAAAGAGCCUGCCAUUGACAGUUUGGACAUUCCUCUCAUCCUGAGGAACUACCUGAAGCACAUCCCCUAUGAGCUCACCUGCUGCUCCAGCUAGCAGCAGAACCAAACCAAUAUGACGAUUCGUUAGGGGAGUCCACAGUGCGGCAUGCAGCUACAUUUUUAGUUGCCCGUCGCACAAUCUAAAAAUAUUAUUAUGAAAAAACACAUCAAAAGUUCAGUGGAACCUCGAUUUAUAAACCUAAUUGAUUCUUGAGCAGGGUUCGUAAAUAAAAACGAAAUGUCUUCAUAAGAAACAAUAUAAACAUGAAGAAUGGGUUCCGGCUUCGACAAAAGACAAACAAUUGUUAUAAUAUCAAACAGACAUAACAAGAGGGUGAUGGAUCAACUUUCUAUUUAAUAACAACGCCAAAACAACAACAACUAACUGAAAUGUCCUCAUUUUCAGCCGCCUUGCCAACACGCACACACACUGUCACUAGUUAUUCUGUCCCUUGCCUACGUGGCUGCACGGACUGACAGAUAGCUAAACACCGGUCCUUGGCGUUGAAAAGUGAAUGAUGACUUAGACCAGGGGUCCCCAAACUACGGCCCGCGGGCCGGAUACGGACAGUCCCAAGUUAAACAUUUUAUUAAAAAUUAUUAUUAUUAUUUUUCAAAAUCUGUCCUUUGUAAUCAAUUUUCUACCGCUUGUUACUCUCGGUGUCUCCUAGCCGCUAAGACAGU